CCGUGCUUUGACAUUUGGUGAGUGUGACGGUAACGUUAAUAUUCCUUUCUCAAACCCUAUUCCGAAGGGGAAAUGAAAAAUCGUUGAUCAAAUCCAAUUCGAAACGCACUGUCCCACGCUACACUCUGUACACUGGACUCCCUCUCGAUCGUACGGCCCUCCUUUCUGAUUUUUCAAGUAAAAGAAUUUCCCCUUUCAUUUCACUAGUAUUUUAUCAUUCAUUUCCUGGAUUUUUUUUUGAAGUAAAAAUUCCCCUUUUUUUUUUUUGGUUUGAAUUUGUCGUCGUUUAACCGAGAGAGAUAUAGUAAAAAUUUUGGUUUGUGGAUUUUGGAAAUUCUGGGAAUUUCGCCAAUAUAUGGGCUGGAGGGAUAAAUCAGCCCAAGAGGCUUGGAGGAGUAUGGAAAUCAAGUGCAAAUGCAAUCAUCACUUCCCGCUAUGAGACGAACGAGUCAGGUAACCUGAAUCCUGGUUUGCGGUGAAGAUGGCAUAGAUGUAAUAAUAAUAACGAUGGGGAAAAGAGAAGGGUCAGGUUCUGGGAAUUUGAAGUUGGCUCGUCCAACAGUUGCUGAGAAGCUCUGGGAUGGGUCCCUCCAGCUUAAUUCUUCUGUAACUGUGUCGGUUGUUGCCUUCUUCAAAAGUGGUGAAAGGAUGCCUUGUGUGCAGUGGUCUGGACUUGUAGAAGUCAAAGGAAAAGUUAGACUAGAGGCUUUUGAGAAAUAUAUUCAAGAUCUUGCUCGCUCACGCAAUAGAGGGUUGAUGGUAGUAUCACUUUGCUGGAAAGAAGGGUCUUCUGAAUCAGGACUGGCAGGCUUGAAAGAGGUUGCAAAAGGGUACAAGAAAGGGGAAAGAGUUGGGUUUGCUAAACUCUCACCAGGUAUUGAUCUUUACAUAUGUCCUCGCAGUGAUGCCAUAAUCACCAUACUUGCAAAACAUGGAUUCUUCAAGGGCAUGGCAGCUGUUGAAGAUAAGCAGAACUCGUUAAUUGGUUGUGUUGUUUGGCGAAGAAAUCAUGGACCUUCUAAUUCUGUUAAAAAGGAGCUUGAAAGAAAGCAUUCUUCCUCGACAGAGCAGCCUCUGAGCUCCCACUCUGAACAAAAGGUUCUGGGAAAAAAAAAUGACACGCCAUGCAUGCAACCAGCUCAGGAAUCCCUCCCACUCACACCAAUAGCAGACUGCAUAGGCAUUGGGAGUGCUAUAAUCAAUAGAAAUGAAGGUGAGAAUGUAGAGAGUAGUGACAUCCAACUUGCACUGCAUAACUCUCCUUCCAGUGCUAAUCUCUUGUUUGCAACAUCUGCAUUGAGCAACUUAGUAGGACUUCAAACAUCUUCGUUUUCUGACUCUGUCUGUCACUUCGGACCCAAGGGGCAGUGUUCUGAAAGGGAAAUGUCUCUUAUAGCUAACUCAGAAUCAGAGAAACCUAAAUCUAGUUUGGGACUUCAAAAUCCUGUCUUGUCUCUGCCAUCAGUUAUAACAAAAGAGCACAUUCCUGCUGCUGAUGAUGAUGAUCUUCCAGAAUUUGAUUUUGGGACUGCGUGUGAUAUAUCUCAAACUCCAAGAAAUAAGGUUUUAGAUAAUGCAGAAUUUCACAAGAAUGUUCUGGUUGAAGGAUUAAAGAAAAUUGUUGGGUCAUUGCCGCUGACUUCAACUAUACAGUCACUACCUUCUACAAAUAAAAGACGAGCAGAAAAUUUCCCUCUUCCUGAGUUUUCUUUCGACACUAUUCUGAACUUGCCUCCACGAAAGAAAGUUUAUGAACAUGAUCAGAUGCCAGUAUUACCAAUUUUAGAACCCAAACAGACCACCAAAAGCCACACAACCUUUACACCUAUUAUCACUACCAUAGUUGCACCACAGAAGAAUAUCUUUGAUGAUGAUGAUGACAUGCCUGAAUGGUGUCCACCAAAUGUAGAGCUUUGGAAGCAGACAGUUCUUGAAUCAGCAAAGGUAGUGACGGCUUCUAUCCAUCCUACUCUAUCAAACUCGGAGUUAGGAAGUCCAUCUCCAGGCCAUCCAAGUCCCCUGUCCUCAUCUUUAGCUGCCCAGUUGCCUGUUUCUACCCAAAGAUCCAAUUAUGCAAGUCAUUGUCCAAUAAGUGCCUCUGUGAAACCAGCCCAACCAAGACAAACUGCUAGAUAUAUACAGAAGGCUCCAAGUUCUUUGACGGGGUCCAAUUCUAUCCCUCUUUUGAGGCCACCCGUCCACCCUCCUGGAUGGAGGGGCAGGGAGUGAUGAAACCGGCUUUCUGAGGUAAAUGUUAGAUAGUUAAAGUUCUGUAUAAAGCCUGUUCCAAAGGGGGUUGAGACUUAAUAGAAGCUAAGGUAAAGGGAAAUAUCAAUUUGUAAAUAAGCAGUUAGUUGAUGGGCAGGUUCAUAAGUGGACAUUACAGUUUUUCAACAUCUGUUGUCAGUUUUUUCUGAAUUUCAGAUUUAAAUGUUGUUUUUAUUUUUGCUUUCCCAUACUUAUCAUAAGUCUCUCUUCGGGUGAAGCAAAUAAUUCUCAUAUAUAUGGUGUUGCUGUCUAAGAUGGUGCUUUGAGCUUUACAAAGUAGCCACACGUAGUGCAGCUGGAAAUCUGUUAAUAAUUAUGUAGUAAUGUUUACGAUUU